AUGCAGUUCAACGGUUUUCACAAUCAACAUCCCAUGUUCAGACCUCGACUUGACCGGAAUGAACAAUUCGGUAAAAUGCCUUUUUUCAAUGGCAUGCACGAAUUUGGAGGGCCAAAAAAUUUUGGGCCUAGAAACAAUAUGGGUAAUAAAAACUUCAGGCCUAGAACAGAUUUCAAUGGAGUAAGGAACGAUUUUAACAACCAUAAAAAUGAUACUGGGAACCAAAAUGAUUUUGGAGGACCUAAGGAUUACAGGCCAAGAAACAAUUUCAAUAAUCAACAAAAUAAGAAUGAUUAUGAUUCAGACAAAGCUGGCAGUAAUCAGUUUUACAAUGGACAAAGUGAUUUUGGUGGACCCAAACAACAAAACUUUCAAAAAAACAAUUAUGGCCCUAAAAAUUACAAUGUCACCCAAGCAAACCCUAAUCAACAAAAUUUUGGCCCCAAGAAAUCAUACAGCCCAACUAUGGGACAGAAUCAGCAACAAUCGCUUGAAUUUAAAGGACGAAAGCUUCAAAGUAUGAAAGCAAAACAUCCAGGUGAUAGCUUGAUUAAACCUAUGUGGGAUUUGUCAAAACUUGGACCCAUCAUGAAGGAUUUCUAUAAACCACAUGCCAAUGUUGAAGCCCGCAGUGAAGAAGAUGUCCAAAUUUUCCGAGCAACAAAAGAAAUAACAGUGAGUGGUAAUAAUGUUCCUCGUCCUAACCAAAUGUUUGAUGAAGGAAAUUUUCCUGAUCACAUUCUAAAUACAAUUAAAGAGCAGGGUUGGGAUGAACCUACAGGCAUUCAAGCACAAGGAUGGCCUAUUGCUUUAUCAGGCCGUGAUAUGGUAGGAAUUGCUUCUACUGGGUCAGGCAAAACUCUGGCUUACAUGCUUCCUGCAGCUGUUCAUAUUGUGCAUCAACAACGUAUUCAACGUGGUGAUGGCCCUAUUGCACUCAUAUUAGCUCCUACUAGGGAACUUGCUCAACAAAUUCAAUCUGUAGCCCAAGCAUAUAGUGCUCGCGGUUGCAUUAGGAAUACAUGCCUUUUUGGUGGUUCUCCAAAAGGACCUCAAGCUAGAGACUUGGAAAGAGGUGUAGAAAUUGUUAUUGCCACUCCUGGUCGCUUAAUUGAUUUCCUUGAACGUGGAACAACUAAUUUGCGGCGGUGCACUUACUUGGUCUUAGAUGAAGCUGACAGAAUGUUAGAUAUGGGUUUCGAGCCUCAGAUUCGUAAGAUAAUUGAGCAGAUCAGGCCAGAUCGCCAAGUUUUGAUGUGGUCUGCAACUUGGCCAAAAGAAAUUCAAGCUCUAGCUGAAGACUUUUUGAAUGAUUACAUUAAAGUUAACAUUGGUUCAUUAAAUCUCUCUGCUAACAACAACAUAAAACAAAUUGUAGAAGUGUGUGAAGAACAUGAAAAGGAAAACAAACUUACAAAUCUUUUAAAAGAGAUUGCUUCUGAAAAAGACAAUAAAGUAAUUGUUUUUGUAGAAACUAAGAAAAAGGUGGAUGACAUAGCACGAGCUGUACGCCGCAAUGGAUAUAAAGCUUUGGCAAUCCAUGGUGACAAGUCUCAACCAGAACGUGAUGCUGUUUUGACCGAAUUCCGAAAUGGGGCUACCACAAUCCUAAUUGCUACUGAUGUAGCUGCUCGAGGUUUAGAUGUUGAGGAUGUUAAAUUUGUUGUGAAUUAUGAUUAUCCCAACUCUUCAGAAGAUUACAUACAUAGAAUUGGACGUACUGGCCGAUGUCAACAAUCUGGCACAGCAUAUACAUUCUUCACAAGCGGUGAUGCUCGUCAAGCUCGUGGCCUUGUUGCUGUUUUGCGUGAAACUGGUCAAAAUCCUCCAGCUAAAUUAAAUGAUAUGGCAAGAAGCAACAAUAACAACUCUGGUCGAAAUCGCUGGCAACAAAGGAAAGAGAAUAACAGUGGUUCUAGUUCACCUCGUCAGCAGAGUAAUCAAUGGAACAACAAAAUGGCAAAUACAAGCAAUGAGGAUAUUCAAAGCAAUUAUCAGAAUCGUAAUGCUAACCAACAAGCUCCUCGAUUCUCAAAUCCGAUGCAAAACAACCAAGGCUACAGACAGAAUAACUAUCAAAAACAGGUGCCAUUCCCUAGCCCUAAUGUUUUUGACUCCAUGGGCAGUUAUCAAGGUGGUUAUAACAAUGGAUAUCAAAAUAAUUAUAAUAAUCAAAAUAGCUAUGGCCAGAGACAGUUUACCAAUUCUCGCAAUAAUGGACAGCAAUAUCGUAACAAUAACUCCAAUGGAGGUAACAAAUCGGGAGGAUCUGGAUCAUCUUAUGGUUCACCACCACCUCACUUUGCCACCCCUGCCCAUUACCCGCAAAUGCAUCCACAUCAUCAGGAAAUGCUAGGUGGUAAAUUUUAUGGAGGAGGUGUUGGAGGGGCCGGUCCUUGUGGUUAUCAAGCAGCUGUCGGAGCCGGAGUCGCUUACCCGCAUUUACCACCUGGUCCAUUGGUCUAUGCUGCCCCCAUACAACAGUAA